AAAACAAGCCACGCCUUCUUCCACCCAGUUGUCAAAACAUAAACAGACAGCUGCAGGAGUGGGAGUCAACCCUAAAGAAGUUUGGGAGUCAAACAAGAACAAUAGGUUCUUCUUCGAGCGUUUGGAGAGCAUCUUGGAGAACAGCCAUGGAAGCUCAGCUAAAGAAGGAGCUGGGAACCUCCAUGCUGAAGUCAACUGGCCAUUCUGGAGGAGGUUGUAUCAGCCAGGGACAGAGCUUUGAUACUGACCACGGGAGAGUGUUUGUCAAGAUCAACCACAAGAGUCAGGCAAAGCGUAUGUUUGAUGGGGAGUUGGCUAGCUUGGAAGCGAUCGUCAUGACAGACACAGUGAAGGUCCCCAAGCCUGUCAAGGUGAUAGAGCUGGAUACAGGAGGGGCUGUGUUAGUCAUGGAACAUGUUGACAUGAGUGGUCUCAGCAGGCACUCUAAGCAGCUGGGAGAGUGUCUGGCUGAUCUGCACCUACACAACCAGAGACAAAGGGACAGAGAGAACAAGGAACAGCAGAUAGUUGGAAAAGGACCUGAUGUUCCUGUCAUUGACCAUUUUGGGUUCCAGGUUCCCACAUGCUGUGGAUACCUCCCUCAGGAGAAUGAGUGGCAGAGUGACUGGGUAACAUUCUACUCUCAGCACAGACUACAGCACCAACUCAACAUGGUGGAGAAGUCUUAUGGAGACAGAGAGGCCAGGGAACUAUGGUCCCAGCUACAGCUGAAAAUCCCUCAGCUGUUUACCGACAUCGAGGUGUUCCCCGCCCUGCUUCACGGGGACCUGUGGGGGGGAAACGUAGCAGAGUGUUCCGACGGCCCUGUCAUUUUCGACCCCGCCUCCUUCUAUGGCCACUCUGAGUAUGAGCUGGGUAUCGCCGGGAUGUUCGGAGGGUUCAGCGACUCCUUCUACUCUGGGUAUCACAACAAGAUCCCCAAGGCCCCGGGGUUUGAGAAGAGGAAUCAGCUGUAUCAACUCUUCCACUAUCUGAACCACUGGAAUCACUUUGGUGGAGGAUACAGAGGGUCCUCACUGAGGAUCAUGAAGGAUCUGGUCAAAUACUGACCACUGAUCAUAUAUGUACAGUGGCAUAAUAUACAACUACACUACCCAUAAUGCUCUGUAAAACAUAGACACAGAAUGACACUGACCAGCUUGAAUGACCUCACAAAGUCUUACACUACAGCCUAGUCUUCCAUCCAGAAGGGAACAAAUCAAUUUUGGGGUGAAAAUAUUAGUUAUUUCGAAAAAUCUUUUAACUUGAAAAGCAAGAAACAAGAAAACUAUGAUGCUAUGGUAUAGAAGAGAGAUUCCACGAAACCCAUUCCAUAUCCCUCUAUCUUGAAAUGCUUGAGAAAUAUUUUUUUUUGAGUUAACAUUCCCCAGCUGUUUGAAAGCAGAAGUGAUUUUAAUGCUAUAGUGUAAGACUAAACAUAGGGUAUUGCACAGCCAUUUGCUUAAUUAAACAACGCAGCAAGCAAGGUUAUGAUCUGUUUGUGUUGUAACAAUUAGCUUUGUUAAAAGCUGUGUUAAUACUAAGAAUACAAUGCUAAAUAAAGUACAUUACUUCCUG